AUGGUGAACUGGAAUGUAUCCCAAAGCCCGACCAUCGAACCUGGAUGCACUGCAAAUGAGUGGUACGACACGAAAGGUUGUUUUACAGGUUGCUUGGUCGCCGCCGGCUCAGAUGGUCAAUCUGGAACUGGACAGUUGACGGUAUUUUACACAAGUGUGAGCCGACUGCCGUUGCACUACACUCUGCCAUAUAUUCCGCAAACGGAGACUCUGGCCGUUGCUCAAUCACUGGACGGUGGUCUCUCAUGGAGGAAGACUGCAAAGAACCCGAUCCUAUCAGGUCCUCCCGCGGAGCUCGACGUAACAGGCUGGCGCGACCCAUUUGUCGCAACCUGGCCUUCGAUGGCCAAGCUCCUCGGCCACAACAAAAGUCAGUUAUACGGCAUGAUCUCCGGAGGCAUUAAAGACUGCUCACCUGCGGUGUUUCUUUACAAAGUCAACCCAUCCAACCUUAUAGAGUGGAAGUUCCUCAAUACGCUGGCUCCCGUGGGACUAAAUCAUUCGCUAUCUCGCUGGAGUGGCGAUAUGGGUAUAAACUGGGAGUGUGCAUGCUUCAUGACCCUCCAGAACGAACAAAAAAACGCGAGCAGAGACUUCAUCAUUGUUGGUUGCGAAGGAUCACAAGCGGACACCAACCAUCGUGAAAACUUGCCUUCCAUCAAACCUCCGCAAGAACCAGCGAAGCCUCCACGUUCAGCAACGUCUCUACAGUGGAUGUGCGGAGCUCUACAAACUACGAAUACUGCUCUUUCUGAUAUUGGCACUCAGUCAAAGCUGCCGAAGAUGAGCUACCAAUUCGGAGGCCGCUUCGACCAUGGCGUGCUCUAUGCUGCCACUACCUUUCGUGACCCCCUCAGCAAUAAACAAAUUGUAUGGGGCUGGAUUACCGAAGAGGACUUGCCGCAACGAUUAGUCGAUAGCCAGGGCUGGAGUGGGAUGAUAUCUUUGCCUAGAGAAGUUUCUCUCCUCACUCUGACAGACGUGACGGGCACCUCAAGAAGCAGAUUACAAGAUAUCACGUCGAUACAGGUUGAGCGAGAAGAGGCAAGAAAUAGGGUGCAAGAAACAUUCAGAGUUCACACACUAGGCAUCGCUCCCGCUCAAUGUCUCCAGAAUCUCCGGAACAACGCCAGGCUGGUUAGGCCUGUGCACCGCUCACAGCACCUCACUUUGGAAGGGGACACGUUCAUGGACAUUCGGACGCAUCGUUUCGAAAUGCUCUCUACUUUCUCCUUAUCUGUCACUUGCAGGAGGAUCGGGCUGAGCGUAUUGCACGGCGUCGGCAUACAACCAAGCCAACAGAACGGUAUUCCCCCACUAUUAAGCUCGGGGGCUGCGACGACGACCAUCUCGUUCCUACCCGGCAAAGAGACCGUCCGAAUUGAUCGGUCGAUCACUGAUACCACACACAUCAUCGAUGGGGAGGGGAUCAACACCGCUCCUGAGUUCGCGCCAUUCACUCUGUUCACGUUCGCUUCUUGCAGGAAGGACGGUGGCGGCUCCGACACAGAGAUGGAGGACUUGAAACUCCACGUCUUCUUCGACCAGUCUGUGCUCGAAGUAUUUGUCAAUUCGCGGUGCGUUAUCACGACGAGGGUUUAUCCGCCCAGCGAUAAAUGCUGGGGAGUCAGGUUCUUCGCGGAGGAAGAGGGUGAGGUAGAAGGCAACCAAGACGAUAGCGAAUGUCAUCAACGAGAGAAAGAUUCGUCGUCCAGGUCUAGGCUCUUGCACGCGCUGGCAUGGGAUGGCUUGCGCGCUGAUCUCAGAGUUAUCUCUUCUUGA